AUGUCGACGACAAAGUCGACACCCAAAGCACAAGCCGACCGGCUUACGCUAAUAGAGGAGGAAAUGCUGUUACUCAAAGAAGUCCCUGACACCCUCCGCUUCCUGGAAGCACGGGUGACCGAAUUGAGUGAGAAAGUCGUAGGAAUCGACGCAAUGGGCAACCGCCUGGAUGGGUUGCCAAUCGCAGAAUUGAUGUUUCGAGUGACCUCGCUCGAAGAAAGAGUUGCUCCUACGAGCAGCCCAAAACCGUCUGGUAGUCCGGAUAGCUCUGUCGCGCACAAGGAGGGACGUGGCGAAGAGUUCGACGUGCUACAAAAUACAAUGAUGAGCUUGUUCAAUGGAUUAGCUGAUGAGUUCAGAACAACAAUCGACGACAUCCAAGAAAGGAUGGCCUCCAUGGGCACUCGAAUUGAAGUGACCAUGAAAGCCGUGGAGAACGUCACGGCUGGGCAAGCUAAUACAGGGUCCAACAAACUAAGAUUCCCAGAUCCUAGAGCCUUUAAAGAGAAUCGGGACGCCAAAGAGUUGGAAAACUUCAUCUUUGAUGUCGAACAGUACUUCAAAGCCACAACGGCUUGUACUGACGACAAGAAGGUGACCGUAGCCUCGAUGUAUCUCAUAGACGACGCCAAACUGUGGUGGCGUACGAAGGUGCAAGACAUCGAGGAUGGUUUGUACACCAUUGACUCGUGGGAGGACCUUAAGAAAGAGUUGAGGGACAAGUUUCUCCCCGAAAACGCAGGACAUUUAGCAAUGGAAAAACUAGUAGCCCUGAAACACACUGGAGGCAUACGAGACUAUGUCAGACAGUUCUCAACCCUGAUGCUAGAUAUCAUGGGCACAUUAGAGAAGGACAAGAUGUUCUUCUUUAUAAAUGGGUUACAGCCGUGGGCCAAAACAAAACUACACGAGAACAAGGUUCAAACCCUAGCUGCCGCAAUGGCCUGUGCCGAGAGACUCCUAGACUAUGGGAAUGAAGCGGGAUCCCAAAGAAGAAUAACACCAGCCCCAAACACUGGGGGCAAGCCAUACAAACCACCAAGUCAUCGAAAUGGAAGCCCCAACAGGCCGAACGGAGGUAACGACAGACCAAGCGGAUGGACGGAUAGACCUCCUCAGAACAACCAAGCGGGGACAUCUCGAGGACCUUACCAUCAAAGGAACCACCCGACGACGCCUUUACAAUGCAUGCUGUGUAAAGGUCCCCACAAGGUAUCUUACUGUCCUCAUCGGGCCUCUCUCACUGCGCUCCAAGUGUCCAUUCAAGAGAGCAAUGACACAAGGAUUGAGACUAUGCUUGACAAGAAGGAAGAUCAAGACAAUCCCCGAAUGGGCGCACUUAAAUUCUUGUCAGCCCUCCAACGGAAGGUCGAACCGAAGGAGAUAGUAGAGAAAGGACUCAUAGUCCCCUUUAAAAUAGGGGAUUGGACAGGAGAGCUAGAUCUUGUCGUAGCUCGCAUGGACGACUUUGACGUGGUACUUGGGAUGGAGUUCCUCCUAGAACACAAAGUUAUCCCAAUGCCGUUGGCAAAAUGCUUAGUGAUCACCGACAGCAACCCCACGGUAAUACCUGCAAGCAUCAAGCAACCAGGUAAUCUUCGAAUGAUCUCGGCCAUACAAUUGAAAAGGGGACUCGCGCGAGAGGAACCUACAUUUAUGGUCAUACCAUUGAUGGAAGUAACAACCAACGAAGAAACUGUCCCAAAUGAAAUCAAUGAGGUACUAAACGACUAUGCUGACAUAAUGCCAGAGAGCUUACCCCAAACAUUACCACCUCGUCAAGGCAUUGAUCACGAAAUCGAACUCAUCCCCGGAGUUAAACCGCCAGCGAAGAACGCAUACCAGAUGGCUCCACCCGAGCUAGCCGAAUUAAGGAAACAACUGGAUGAGUUGCUGAAGGCGGGAUUCAUCCGCCCGGAAAAGGCACCCUACGGAGCCCUCGUACUGUUCCAGAAGAAGAAGGAUGGGACGUUGCGUCUGUGCAUAGACUAUAGAGCCUUAAACAAGGUGACGGUGCGCAACAAAUAUCCACUGCCGAUAAUAUCCGACUUGUUCGACCAACUUCACGGGGCCAAGUACUUCACGAAGUUGGACUUACGAUCAGGGUAUUACCAAGUACGUAUUGCCGAAGGGGAUGAGCCCAAGACGACGUGCGUAACAAGAUAUGGGGCCUUCGAAUUCCUAGUAAUGCCCUUUGGCUUGACAAACGCUCCAGCUACUUUCUGCACGUUGAUGAACCAAGUUUUCUACGAAUACUUGGAUCAGUUUGUCAUAGUAUACCUCGACGACAUAGUGGUUUACAGCACAACCCUAGAAGAACACAAAGUGCACUUGAAGCUGAUUAGUAUGGAUAGCGAUAAGAUAAAAGCUAUCCAAGAAUGGAAAGUUCCUACUUCUGUAUCCGAUUUGCGGUCCUUCUUAAGAUUAGCCAACUACUAUAGGCGGUUCGUCGAAGGGUUUUCACGACGAGCUGCCCCAUUGACAGAGCUGAAAUAG